GCAGCGCAGAGGCUGGAGGGGGGCGGGCUGGGGGGGCGAUGGCUGCGAUGCUGAGCACCUACCCCUGGCCGGAGAGGUUGGAGGGGGACACGGCCGAGGGGCUGCAGCCGGGGCCACCCCCGCGUUGUCCUCCGGGGGAGAAAAGCUCCGAGAGCCGCAUCCGCCGGCCCAUGAACGCGUUCAUGGUGUGGGCGAAGGAUGAGAGGAAGCGUCUGGCCGUGCAAAACCCCGACCUGCACAACGCGGAGCUCAGCAAGAUGCUAGGCAAGUCCUGGAAGGCUCUGAGCCUCUCACAGAAGCGACCCUAUGUGGAGGAGGCUGAGCGGCUACGGGUGAAGCACAUGCAAGAUUAUCCCAACUACAAAUACCGGCCCCGGAGGAAGAAGCAGGUCAAGAGGAUCUGCAAGCGGGUAGAUCCUGGUUUUUUGCUGGGCAGCCUGACACGGGACCAAAACACGGUGCCAGAGAAGCGGACCUGUAGCCGGGCCCGUGGAGAGAAAGAGGGGCCAGGUGAGUACCCAUCUCACCCAGGCCUGCCAUCCAUCCGGGGAUACCGGGAGGGCCCGGGCAGUGGCACCAGCAGCAGCACCAGCGUGGACACUUACCCCUAUGGGCUGCCCACUCCCCCGGAGAUGUCUCCACUGGAUGCCAUAGACGCUGAGCAGAGCUUCUUCUCCUCGCCCUGCCCUGAUGAGCACCACUGCUCCCACCUCACUGGAGCCACCUACUCCCCGGAGUAUGCGGGCAGCUCCCUCUCAUGCAGCCACCACCCUCUCAGCCCCAUGCCGCAGUCGGCCACCUGCAUGAUUCCCCCAGCCUCCAGCUGCCCUCCCCUUCCUCCUCCUCCCAGCUACUACGCGCCUGCCUUCCCCUCCCUGCACCCCUCCAACCUCCAUGCCCAUCUGGGCCAACUCUCCCCACCACCCGACCACCAUAGCUUUGAUACCUUGGACCAGCUAAGCCAAGCUGAGCUCCUGGAGGAGAUGGACCGCAAUGAGUUCGACCAGUAUCUCAACAACCCCAACCACAGCGACCACCACAGCAGGGUCUUGGUCAAUGGACAUGCCCCAGCAGCUGGCAGCUCCCACGCCUCUGAGACCAGCCUCAUCUCCGUCCUUGCUGAUGCCACGGCCACCUACUACAAUAACUACAGCGUCUCCUAGACCCCCAGCCAGGGCCACCUGUACUGGCUGAGGAAGGACCUGGCACAGUAUUACGAGGCGUUGCUCCCUGGGGACAUCGCUCACCACCCUUCAGGGUGACCGAUUCCGAACCAUGAGGGACAUGGAGUCUCCUCCGUGGUAUAGGUAAAGGAUUUCGGUCGUCACUUUGCUACUGGUGCAGAGCCUCGGGUGCCCUGUUCUGAACGAGGUCAUGGGGGAUAUUUCCCAAUGCCAAAGCCCUUUGGCCAAGUCCCUCUCCCAAAGCAGAGAUGCUCCUGGGAGCAUGGGAAGACUGCCCCCUGAAUUUGGGGCACCCCCAGCUCUACUUUGGAGUCAAGAGGGCAGCAGCAUCCCGCAAAUGGCAGGUCUGAAGUCCUGGCAGGGGCAAAACCCCUGCAAGGGGAAAAGGCAAGGGUUGGAAAGAAAGGGAAGGUUUUGGUAAAAGGUCACACAGUCUGCAGGCGUGCUUUUCUCUGCUCUCAGUUCCUGGUGUCCGCAUUGCCGUAGCUGCCCUGACCUGCCUAACUGCUCCAGUAUGGUUUAAACUCCCUCAUUCUCCUGCCUCUAAACCGUGAGUUAUGGGCUUCAUCCCUCAGGAGACUCUAAAGAAGAGGACAGGACACCAGGGAUGCUGCUGGGAUGGCCCUGGGGAUGCACAGGAUGGGGGUGGGUGCAGGGGGGGCAAGCCAGCCCGGAAGGCACUCAGCCUAGGCAUGUCAGAGAAGGGUAAGAUUAGGGCUUGGGAAGGCAGGAUCCGGCCAGUAUCCACCCCCUCCCAUAGCUUCCCCUUGGCCUCCUAGCAAAAGCAUUCCCGAAGGGAGGCUUUGGGAGAGAGAGCUGCCCUCUCUGCCAGGCUGGGAACCAUCCUGGGAGGAGCACUCGGGCAAAGAGGUGAUAAUGUAGCAGACGUUUUUUAUCAAACAUCCUUUGAAGGCAAAGACAUCACUUUUUGAGCCACAGUGCCCAAUGCCUCUUCUAACUCUGGCGUAUUAUUGCUUGUAAUAAAGCUGUACAUUGAUUUAUUCUUUCCAUUAUUUCUCCCCUUGGAUUUUGUAUUGCUCGAGUUCUCUUCCUUUUCAUAAAGAUGAAGCUUUAUUUUAAAUCAGUUAUAUGACAUGAUUAAUCUUAGUGUUUACUGUAUGGCACUUGGUAAUGAUUAGUUAGUAUUGUGGCUAUGAUUUUCUGGUUUCAGUUCCAAACAUGUAUUAAUAAUAAUUGCAAAUAAUACUUAACAACUCCCCCCUCCUCCAGCUUCACAGGUUUUUAAGCUAAUACAUUCCAUCUUUUUUUGUGUGUGACUCUAUGCAUUUUGAAUGAGUGUAGAUAUGAGUUUGCAUAAAAUAUUUAAUUUAAAUAAAUAUGUUUUUAUACAAUGAUUGUUUUAUGGUUUAAAUUGCUGUAGCUAUUGACAAAGUUUUCAAAACAGAAACAUUUCCUGUGCGAGCGCUAUUUUUUUAAAUUUUUGUU